CUAUCUAAAAAACUAACCUAAUUUUUCUCUCUUUAUCAAAAAAUAAAAUAAAAAAACAUUAAUAGUAUAUCAUCAAUUCAUUGUUGCCUUUCCGUUUCAAACAAAUCCCUGUUGUUUCUCCUUUCCCAAAUCCAAACCCCAUACACAACCCCCAAAAAAAAACAGCAAUGGAAGACAAUCAAUUACUGAAAAAACCCCACUCAGAAAUCGAUGAAGAUGAAAGCACCCCUCUCCUGAACUCAACAACAACAACAGCAACAACAACAACAACAACAACAACAGAAGCAGAAAAGUCAGCUGAGAAUCGGCGAUCCGUGCGAACGAAGGUAGCAGAGGUAGAGCUCCACGUAUAUCGGGAAGGAAAAGGUCCGAUUGAUGUGCGGCAAUCAGCGCUCGGUGGUUGGGACCAAGACCAACUUGAAGUGAAGGAUAUAUUGGAACAGUAUGGAUUCAAGUCUAUUUACGCUUUUAAUCCUAAUCAUGGAGGUCGCACUGUUCCUAUUCGCUUUCAUCCUAAGAAUGGUCGAUCUAUGCUUCCUUAUAAAGAUGGCUCCGUUAUUUACAUCGACGGCCAACCCAAGGACUCAACGAUCAAACCUGUUACGAGAAUAAUUGUUGGUGUGGCCAUCAUGACAAUCUUAAUAGCUGUUGUGGUGACUGAAACUCCUGCGUGGGCUGAAAAAUUUAACUUGAAGGGUAUGAGAAUCCCUCCAUGGGUUCUUACCUGUGCUGUCAUUAUCUUUACUCGCAUGAGGAAGAGAACAAAGGACUUUCUCAAGAGUCGUGGUUGGUGUUAAUAAACCUUGUUACCAUUUCAACCCUCUUUUUCUGCUCUGCAAUACUUAUUUUAUACCAAUAAUUCAUGUAUUUCAAAUCAAAUUUCACGUGUACCAGAGGAAGAAUUGGUAUAUUUGAGUGAAAGUUCAAUUUUCUCUAUAUUUUGUACACUCUUGUCAUGUUAGUUUUAUGAGUUUGAAGUGAUUAGGUGCUUUGUCAAAAGUACAUUGGUUUCGCUCAAGUAAAAUUUAUGGUUCAUAA